AAAUUGAGUCAGCCCGACAAACCAAAUUAGUUGUGUGCUUCAACAAUAUUAAGUGAGUCGUAUGAACUUACAUAUAUAAGUUUGACUUCAUAAUAUCGCGCCCAAGUUCUGCUAACGUCCAUGCUUUUGUUGUGAAAUGCGGGAAAGUCGACUUUUGGAGUUGGAGGAGUCAGUCUCAUUCUGCGUGUGGUCGGAGGCAAAGGAGGCUGCAUAGACGGUGGAGCAGAUUUGGCACCAGGACGGAGCAGUGGGACUGCGGGGCAGACAACACGGAGGAGCGGGACGGAGGGGCAAAUACUGAUAGGCUGCGGAGGAAAUGCACAGAGCAACGGGACGUAGAAGCAGGACGUGGAAGAGCCAGCCCAAACGCGGAGGAGCCAGUCCAAACACUGGCAAACAGUGCACCAACGCAGAGCUGUGGGGCCAAACACUAACUCUGGACCAGGCUGCUUAGAGGUCUUUCGAGCUUGUUGAAGGUAUCUACACAGAAAUUCAGCUUUUGGAUCUGGAGGAUCUCAACCACCAUCUUCCAUUGGUUGCAUACACAGUGGCAGGGAAGAAUCUGGUGACGCCAAAAGUGUGCCUGCUCCAUUGAUGUCACACAAAAUGGCUGGAUUGUUGCUGUUGGUGAAAAUCUCCCCCAAAAUGACUCGCAAACUUGCUCUUGCUGAAGUUCCUGAAUCUGUUGAACACUUGGAGAACAGCCUUCGUGAAAAACUGCAACUUCAAGGCAGCUUCACAAUCCAGUAUGAGGACCCAGACUUUAAUAAUGCCCUCUGUAACUUGAUGGAUAUUCAUGAGCUGCCACCUGAACGUGCCGUCUUGCAUAUUCUUUGGGAGGAGUCAUCUGAGCAUCCUCAUAAAGAGUCUGACGCACUUGUUUCAGGGUCUUCCCUUGACACACCCAGUACAUCUACUGGAGGUGCAUUCCAAAAUCCAUCAGCUUUUAUUAGGAGCUAUUUGCGUAGUGUAUCUGAGUGGCCUUCACCAUUUACCAUUCCAGCCUUUUCAUAUGAUGUGGAAUUGAAACUGCGUAAAGGGAACGACGAAUACGAAAACACAAAGAAAGUUGUAAGCAUAACUAGAGACAUGAAGAUGGACAUUUUGGACAAGAUUGCUCAGGCUGUUUUUGAGGUAAAAGCCUAUCCUGACCAAGACCAGAUUGAAUCAGUAGCUUCUGCUCUGGUCACCAAACACCCCUGUCUUCAAGAACCAGGCAGUGGAUCAGGUUAUGAUGGAUGGAAGAUGAGCAUUAAAUACAAACUUGGUAAUUAUAGGUCCAAACUACGUCAGGCAGGCUGUAAUGAAGUCAGCAUAAACCGCAAAAGAAAAAGCAAUGAAGAUGUUGACACAAAUUCUUCUUUGAAGAGAGCAAAACGUGGAGAAAUAAACUAUGUCCCGGACUAUCCAGAUAGUCAUAGUGAUGACUCUUUGGAAGAGGAAAGACUGGCUCUACUCGAGGAGUCACAAAAGAGAAGGAUGGAUCCUGUGCUCAUAAAACAAAAGAUGGAGCUGACGUUCUCCCUGAGGCGGAAGGAGAUUGUGGAGGUGGAGCCAAUGGUGACAGAGGUUAUGGAACGGUGGCCUGCUUUGUUUAAUGAGGCAGAGAUCAGGGAAGAGUUCCAUCGAAUCACCAACAAGGACCUGAUGGACAGCUUCAGAGCAGGCCUAAAUCAGCACACAUCCAGGCUUCUUCAACUCUAUCGGGCUAAGAGGACAACUUUCCCUGCUGAGAUGGAUCAACUCCUCAACAGCCUGGAUGAGGAGGUAAAAUUUAAAAUGAACAAUCUCAUUAUUUUGUUUUUUGUUGUGGAUUUGAUUGGGUGCCUUGUGUCGGUUCCUCUACUGGUGCCAUGGAUCUUCUGCUCUCGGGGCAGGUGGGUUCCCUGAUGGCGUUUCUUUACC